GUAAUUUUAGCUACGUUUCGCGCGCAUCGCGCAUCGCCAGCACUGAGCGCGCCGGUCGCCCGCGCCGCCGCCGGCAGCUCGCUGUCUCUAAACAAAAUAAGGGAUCAAAAUGCCGCGCAUAUACGAAGAGACGGACCCUAGCUACGCUGCAACCUGCAGCAAUAUAACGCUAUGCUCCAACUCCAAGGGCUUCUUCAAGGGGCUGGGCGAGGAGCUGGUCUCCAUCGCUGAGGCAGACGGCUGGCUGGACAAGUUCGAAGCUGUCCAGGAUGCGAAGAAGGUGGCUGCUGUCCUGGCCAACGAGACGGUGAUGGAAGCUCUAAACGAGGUGCUGUCAAGGAUCCAACCCCUGCAUCGCGGUAAGGACGCGCAGGUGUCCCGGGACCGCCGCCUGGCAGCUCAGAGGGCGCUGGAGGACGGUGACGUGGACAAAGCGUUAGCACUCGCCAGCCAAGCAGUACUCAGAGCCCCUAUGACAGGCGGAGACGAUGCAAUCGUUUCUGAAGGUGGAAUCUCUCUCGCAUUAGCCCUGUGGCUCCGGUCGGAAAUAUUACUGCGUUGUGAUAAACCCCAGGCUGCUCUAGAAGACCUGAAACUGGCCCUCAAGGAACGACUGCCUGCGAAGAUGAGGGCUCAGUAUUACUGGAGGAUGGGCCACUGCUACCGAGGCGCCGGUGAAGCCACUCGAGCUAAGGUAUCAUAUGAGCUGGCCGGCAGACUGCUGGGGACUGACGAGGCUGCCAAGGCACAGCUGGCUGAAGACAUCGCCUGCUUAGAUUACAAGGCACAGCCCAAGCAGACCAUUGAGAAACCUGUGACGGCGCUGACCGGCGGAGCGAAGCAGAAUAUGCCGUCUCUAUCAAAAUUAUUGAAAUUAGCUGAAGAAGAAACAAAGGGUCGAUUCGCAGUCGCAAACUCUCCAAUAAAGACUGGUGACGUGCUAUUGGUAGACCCACCAUACGCAGCAUGUCUAGUCUCAGAUUACUACGGCACACAGUGCUUACAUUGUUUUAAAAGACUAGACGAUUGUGAGAAUGAAGCUCCGGUCUGGUGUCCGAAGUGUUCAGGUGUUGCAUUCUGCAGCAUCGCUUGCAGGGACGCAGCCGUAACCACAUAUCAUUCUUUUGAAUGCCAAUUCUUAGAUCUCUUUAUAGGUUCCGGUAUGUCAAUACUGAGUCAUAUAGCUUUACGAAUGGUGACACAAGCAGGGCUCGACACCAGCCUGUCAAUACAUGCCAAGUACAUCAGCAAUGAAGUAAAGACUAUCGAAGGUGCCGUCCUAAACGACAUAGAAGGUGUCACGAAAAAGUCCAAAAUAAAAAGUAGAAAGGAAAGGCUGAAUAGAUCUAAAAAAGGAAUCAAAAGUUUCACAGAAAAGAAUUUCAAAGAAGAAGACGAAGAAGUUAAAGUGGAAGAUAAAAUUAGUAUUGAAGAGAAGCUAGAGCUGAGAGCAGCGCAGAUAUACGCGCUGUGCACGCACUCCGACCAGAGGAAAGGAGAGGAUUACUUGAAACGAAUAGUGAUGUCACUGUUUCUCACUGAAUGUUUGAAAAAAGCUGGUUUCUUUAAGAAGUGUAAACAAGAAAAUUUAGAAAAAGCACACAUGGCCAUCGUCGACCUGAUCCUCCGCAACCUGCAGCUGCUACAAUUCAAUGCGCACGAGAUCUACGAGACGGUGCGAGGUGCUCACACCUUCUCAGGCUCCAAGCCGGUCUACAUCGCGGUCGGGAUCUACCCUAUAGGAGCCCUGUUUAACCACGAGUGCUACCCGAGCGCGAUUAGAUACUUUGAAGGUCGUAACAUCGUGCUCCGCGCAACGAGACCCUUGUCUCCGGGCGAGGUGGUGGCAGAGAACUAUGGCCCCCACUUCAUGACUCGCGCCCUCAAGGAGCGCCAGCGAUCCCUCGCCUCCCGGUACUGGUUUCGAUGUGACUGCCUCGCCUGCAAAGAGGACUGGCCCACUCUCAAGCAAAUGAGCGGAGACACGCCGCCUUACAUCAGAUGUCCAAACAUCGACUGCAUGUCCAAGUUCCGCGCCGCCCUGCAAUGUCUGCCCAACCGAUGCACGCGCUGCUCCACGCCCAUCAACAGGGAGCUAGUCAAGAUCCAAAUGGAGACCGUCAAUCGAUGUGUCAAACAAUACCAAGAAGGUGCAAGGUUGAUGGACGAAGAGCGUACCGACGAAGCAAUUACAGUGAUGUGCGAGGCCAUCGACCUGUUCCAUGAGGUAGCUCGGGCUCCGCACCGGGACACACACCUCGCGCAGGAGGCGCUGCGCUCGUGCUUCGCUACAGCAGGCAACAUGCACCAAGUCAGGGAGCCCGAGCGAGACAACCACAACGGCAACAACACCACUUCAAUUUAGUUCAAACAAUAAUUGUAAUCUUGAAUGUAAUUAUCGAGAUAAUGAAACAAACUAAGUGAACUUGAACAGUGUGCUUCAUUUCUCACAAGUAAAUAGGAACAUAUGA